CGCACAUGUGUGUAUCGUACGCCCACGCUCCUUGGGCCCGGUCGCCCAUGUCCCCCGUGUUGCCGAUUGCCGCGCCACGGAUACUCCCCGCUCGGCAUGCUCCCCCUGAUGCUGGCGCAUUCGAUGUGCAUCUGCCCGGGCACUUGUCCCCUUCGCGUGUAUUUCCUACCCCGUGGGCCGUUGCUCGGCCCACGAUACCGGUGACCUGGACUCCUUCCUGCUUGGCCAUUGCCAGCUCGCGCCCGAGGCGCCCGUUCGCCGACAGUUCGUCCUGGAUCCCUCCCGCAGCUCCCAAGGCCAGGCAAUCUCGCAUAUGAGCCACCAGCAUCACUUGCCGCUGCCUGCCUGGGCGCUGUUCCAUCUCGAACGUGUCCGGCAUCUACAUGCCACCUCCACCAAGCCCGCUUGGUUGCUGCUCGCUCGCGGUCACGAUCCUGGGCCGCCAGACGGCCGGAUGGCCAUCCUCCCUAAAUUGGCGUCCGCAAGAACCUGCACCGAUGGCGCUUCCGGCGUAGCACGCAACCGGGACACCCUCACUCACAAGAACCAUCUGAAAGUGGAAGAUGCCCGCGUGCUGCCCAAAAAGCUUGCCGAGCCUGCCAAUCUGCGAGGUUUUCUCGCCGGCAAGACCAGGGCUCUCGAUGGCAGGACGAGUAAGCAGACAUUGGCCCUGAAACAUCAUCCCCCCCCCCCCCCAACUCAAGGGCUUUUCAAAGGCCCUGACAUGUCCAGUAGUCCCUCGUGUUGGGCUUCUUCGCGAUGGUAAACAUCCACCGGCGCCCUCCAAACAACCAAUUGGUACUUGCAUCUCGAAAUAUGGCAUCAAGUGCAUCCACGAUGGAGUCCUCUUCCAUGUGGGUCUCUCCAGCGCUGCGAUACCGCCAGAGUGGCCCGCGCUUCACUCCUACCUCGAGGGCCUGUUGACCUGUCUCACUCGCGAGCGCCCGAUGCCCUCUCGGGGCACCGGUGCAUGGUGCCUGUACAGCCGUCAACCACCGCCUGGGCGCCCUGCAAAUCCCAGCAGGGAGCUCGCUGCCCCUGCGAUGGCUGGUGGAGAAAAUCGAGCUGCUCGGGCACCGCAGUCUCUUGCCACCGAACGCCGGCCCUCCGCUCAGCCCUCCAGGCCCAGUUCCAGACCCCAUCAUGCACGCCCGGCUGUGAUCACUCCUGGCAGCGGGGCUGGUUCCAUCGCCGCCCCCCACCAUGACCCGAGCUGUGUUUGGUGGCAGUUGCUACGGUCUAAAAUCCAGCAUCUCACGCCCGUCGCCCGGGCAGGCCACUUCUCCGUCUACCGGCUCCCCCGCUGGACCUUCCCCCACCUGCCAUAAGGCCUUCGCCCCGGUCCAGCCCCCUGUGCCUUACACAGUCAACGCUGUUUCGCCUGUCCUUCAGUUCGGGUUAUGCUGGGAAGUCUGCCGACCUCCAAAGCAUCCCUCCUGUCCAGGCUCUCAUGACCGACCACAGUACCCGGCGCUUCAAGUUAAGCCACAGUUUGCCCCUCCUGCCACAAUUUGCCAUGCAACGCGACACCAACAUUUGGCUUCCCGUGCGCAUGGCUCGCUAUGUGACACAUAUCUUGGCCACACAGACCUCUCAUCCACCCCAUGACUACCAACUCCAGAGCAUCAGCGAUCGAUUUUCCAUUCCAGCCAUGAUCAAUGGUCUGCUCCCCGGCGGUGACAGCUCCCCCGCCCACACCUAUUCCAUGACAAGUCACAGAUUGGUUGUGACCACCCUCCUCGAAAAGGUGGACAUUCUUCUCCAACAGGAAAACCAUGCGCAUAAGGAUUCCACCAGCUCCAUUCCCCUAAUGAUGUUGCUCGCCUCGACGGCCGCGGCCGACCUCCGGCCUGUUAAUGACGACACCAAUCUCCGAUUCCUUCAGGAUCUGACACUCAUGCUAGAUUCCCUCUCCCAAGAGAGUCCAAGAAUUCCCGAAAACCUGAAUCUGUCCCAGGAAGGUGCACAUAGUGCUGUCAAAGACUUUUUGACCGACAUGUCCAACAAGUCGGCUCUCGAGACCAUCAUUAUGCGGUGUCUGAAGCGCUUACAGGCCCUUUACGUGGACAGCAGUCCGAAUGUCAAUCUCCUCACCUCCACUGGUCUGACGACUUGGCUGCCACCUUCGCCACACAACCACCUUCCCCAAGACCGAGAUCAUCCUACUCGUGCUUCAAUCGACGACCGGCCUCCCAGCGCUAAAAAGCCUUCCAACAUGCCUGAUCCUGCCAUGGGCGCCAUUCAGCACAUGAAUACCUUCUUCUUUACCCAGGCUGUCUUUGCCUCUUGGUUGGGCAUUUACUCGGCUCUGUCCGGUCGCCAGCAGGCCCUGCGUCUUCUUGCCGCCACGACUACCUGCUCCCUUGGCCCGGAUGACAUUCUUGUUAGCUAUCUCGUCCGCCAACUAGAGAAUAUCUCCCUAUGGCAUCAUUAGGGCCUCUUUCAUUUUCGUGCCUUCAUUCCUCCCCCUCCUUCCCCUCGCUUAGUCCCUCCAGUUUUCUGGUAUUUGCUUUUAAGGCCAUGUACUGUCAAUAUAUGCAAUAAUAAAUAUGUUUCCCGAGCGCGUUUACACCCCGCCCCCAUGAGCGUAGAUCAGUACUUUACCAUCGUUUCUAACCUACCAAGGCGCAAGUGGGGCAAAUGAUAGUGUGCUUGUACACGACAUGGAAGGACCCCCGUCGCCCCCCCCCCCCCCAGGUGAUGUGACCGAGCCUUGGAAGAGGGUCCGGAUUGAAAGAGGACCGGCGUCCACACCAGUACUCGAUCCCGGUCCCCGGGCCAAGAGCGAGGGCUGAUGGAGCCUCGACGAAGACGCGCAUUCUCUUGACACAUCGUCAGGGGCACGAGGACAUUUUUGACCAACUGGGCGUCUACCCUCCCAGGAUGCUCAAGAAGAGGGCAAGAGCAAAGGCAGCCAAAUACAUCUUUAAAUGAAUGCAAGACAGCCAAAGAUCCCCCCCCACAGGCGCCUUCCUCCUCGCGGGACGGCCAGUUGCAAGCAAUCGCGCCUGUGCCAGACGACGGCAUCCGCUGGUCUCGACAGUCGGGCGUUGCUCGGCGGCCGUGAGACAGGGCCCAUGUUCCGGGCAAUCGGCCAAAUAAAAGACACUGACCCGGGAGUACCAAUGCUGGGCACGCAGUACCACGCACAUCCCUUGAAAAUCGCAGGGUCGCCAAGCGCCAAAAUCAAACCUCCCCAUCUCUUUCGCCGAGCCAAGAGCCGAAGCGUACGACUGGCAUCGCAGCGCUCGACUAGUUUUCGGACGAGCAAGGCUCUCACAGCUGGCCCUUGACAUUCCCUUGCUCAGGGCUUGAUGAUCAUCGAAAAAGCAAACAUCCCAACAGCACACGGUCGUUACAGAACCGGACCGCGCUCGCUUACUCGCCUCUGCAACCCCCUCGCAGGCGAACAGCCCCGGCGGGCAAGAUCGACUCGCCGGGGUUGCAAACAUUCCGACACUACGCCGAGACCCGCAGCUCGAGGAAGAACGCGGCAGUCAUGGGAGGUGGUGUGACGCCACCUGACUGCCUCGUGUCCGAGGAGAUGCGAGCCUCUCGCUCGGCAAACCGUGGCCUCAUGGGGCCCUAUGCGCCAAGAGUGGGGGGAUGGAGGGCGACAGGCGCCAACAAGGAGGCGUCCGAGUCCGCUUGGAGCUCCACCCUCCUCGCAUGUAUAAAUUAAGCCAAUGGGUGUCUUGUGCCUCCGCAAUCGGCCAUGCCUGUGACCCAUCAGGGCAGUCUCAUUCGUAGGGGUGGCAUUGUGCCCAUCAGCUGUCUGUCCGACGAAGGGCCCCAUUCCGGAUGGGGCGACCACCACAUAUGCGGGCACCGAUGCAAGGGUCCUUUUAGCAGGGUGGAAAGCGAUCCAUUUUCCCGCUCUCCAGGGGAAUGGCGACCGGGAUCCUGCGCGACCCAUUCACAUGCCCACAAGCAGUGUCCUAGAUCUGCUGGGGCCUCAGUUGGGAGGGAGGAAAUUCCACCGCCAGGACAUCCCGGCAGGCUGUGUCAGCAAUGCCGGCGACAACAGCGACAUAAGCAGGGGCAAAGGCUUGCCGAAUCGAGUAAGUCCCUGAGCAAGCAGAUCCAAGCGUAAAGUUCGUAAAUGAGGAUACCCAUGCUGGGGGCCAAGAAAUGCCCCAGGCCAGGCUGCCCGCCGGCUGACCACGGGCCGACUCGGGGCAGCUCGGUCAGCGAGGGACCCCCGGCGCGCCGAACCCAUAGACCUCGCCAUGUGCGACCGAUGGCCGCGUGCAUGGCCCACCCCAGCUCCGGGGCACCUCCCCGUUGGCGUGCCUUUUCUCGAGUUCACGAGAAAGAGCCCCGUCGGAUCCACGCAGGGAUCCGGCUGCCAGAUCGCCGCCUGUAUGAUGGCAGACAGCCUGGCGGAUUGACAGCCGCGGCCCCUUGCACGACGCGCACUCCCAGCGGCGCAUGCUCCAUCGCGGUGCCGGAAACCAGACACCGAAGACCACCGGCCGGCACAGGGCCGCCGACAGGUGCGAGACAACGAAAACCAUCGGUCCCCGGGCACCAACGCCCCACAUCACCACAGCCUGACGCCAGGGCGAGGUGUGGCAUUUGCCCCUGCAGCGCCGCGGACCACACGCGGGCCCCUGGUGGAUGUCCUCGCCUGGGGGGGAGGUGGCACACCGCGUCGCGAUGCCCGAUGCUUUCGUCCUCACACGGCCCUCGGACUGCGUUUCUCGAGUGCGGCCUAGUGAUGGGUGUUUCGGGGUUUUAUCCUCCCUCCAUCUGAGCCGAGUCCGACGCCGCCCAAAUUCGACAUUCCACCCAACAACCCUUCCCUCCCCGGGCUGCGCGCGUGCGCGCAUCCUCCUGCCACCCUCCGCAUGGCCUGGCCGGGUGCUCGUCUGUCUCCUCCUCUCGCUUGCCAUGUUCCGGAACACCAGGAACUCGAUGCAGGCAUGGAGUUGGCCCCGGCGCUUGUGCAGCACUUUUGCGAAUGAACAAGCAGAAGCAACGAUUUCCAAGAGGCCCCAACUUCGGCAGCGGGCAUGGCUGUCGGGAGCCAGCCAUAGCGCACGGCGAGCACGUAGGCCGAGAAGCUGCCCGACGAGUCGAGGAUCGCCCCAGCCGGCGGCUGCCCCGUCCCUGUAGGUCAAACGCCCAAUUCCGCGCCCGAGUGUCUUUACACCGAGCAACGCAUCGAGCCUGCCCCGUGCACAGGCCCUCUCGCGGCCCCCAUACUUACUGUCGACGAUGCCAGGAGGAGGUGCGCCAAGAGGGAAUCGCGAACAUAGGGUAAUGCAACCAUCAGGCAGCGACGCCCCUGCAGCCCGGACAUCGUCAAGGACGAGUGGCCGUGACCUUCCUGGCCGGCCCCGCUGGGCCGGCCUACCGUAGGGCCAGGGCCCCCCCUUCGACGAGACAACCGAACAACCCAUCGCAUCACGCCCCCGGCGGCGACCGGGUGCCAGGUCCCGCAUUGGCCCCGCCCCCGUUACACCUCUCGGCGGGCGAGAUUUCAACGCGCGCAGGAGCCGGAGCGCAUCGGCUGGAUGCCACAACACCCUGGCGCGACAUGUCGCGCCAGG